AUGGAUAAAAAUGCACUCAAGAGAAGAAACAGAUUACUUAAAAAAAAUGAAGCUCGGAUGAAUCUUCUUCUUGGGAAAUCAGAAGUGGGGGAUAUAGAAAAUGAAAAGGAGAGUAAGAAGGAAACGAAUGUUUUGAAAGAAAAACCAAAUGACAGAAACGAGAUAAAAGAACUUAGUGGAGAAAGCACAAAGGAACAAAUCACCAACAUGCAAAAUGCUACUUCUAAGUUAGACCAAAGUGGAGUGGGCAGAAUGCUAGUAGUGCAAUCCCCCACAGUGCCUAGCGCAACCAAUAUAGAGAAGGAAAAGACCUCUUAUCUGGAUCAAACCAUGUCUCACAAUUCAGACGAAAAGGUUGAUACUUCAAGCUAUAAUGUGAAUGACAGAGAUAGGGAAACGGAGAAGGAAGGGGAGAAGGAAAAGAAAGAGGACAAGAAAGAGGACAAGAAAGAGGACAAGAAAGAGGACACGAAAGAGGACAAGAAUAGCCCGGACGAUAAGAAGACGCAGGAGGAAAUUUCUCCUGAAGAUGGCCAAAAAAAUGAGGCAAAAAAUCGAACAAAAAAAAAGCGAAUAAAUAAGCGUGCGAUAGAUAACGAUAAUAAUAACGAUAUAGAUGACUGCAGCAGUGUAGACGAUAAAAAUAAUGACCAAAGUGAAAGUAACAGUUACAGAAUGGACGCUGGAAAUAGCAAGGAGAACGCUGCCCCACUAGGAUCUCCCUCCCAGUUCAAGUUAUCCAUAAGCAAACUCAUCCAGUUUGCAACAUUAAUAAUUAUUGCAGUAUUUGUAAGCAUUUUAAAAUUCAAAUAUUGUAAUUAUGACCCGAUGCCAAUGAAAAUACGACCAAAAAGAAAGGUAAAGAAACUCCAAAUUUUUAUUAACUCAAAAUAUUUUUUUCUUUUCCUUUCAUUUUUUUACAACAUAUUCCUUUCUCUAAUUGAUAUUUAUACUUAUUUUGUAAAAAAUAACAUUAGCCAAAAAGAAUUUGCUCAGAAUGCACAGAGCGUAUGGAACAAGCUAAGUAACCAAUCGGAGUUUAUUCUAUUUCUUUUGAAUAAUGGUGCAACAGCUGCUUUUUUUUUUGUAAAUAUUGUGAAAAAUUAUCUCUUGUUAAUGUUUUUAACUCAUUUGUUUGAUGACAUUUUGUACAAUUACAACAUUCUUAUGUCUUCAGUGAAUUUUUCAACCACUCUCAAUACCUUAGCUCAUGAGUUAUCAUAA